AAAACUAAUAUCUAAGGCUGGUCUCUUCUCUGAACCUAAAAACAAGGGUGUCACCCUGGAGCUAUGCAUUCUGAUAAUGUGUAGGUCAAGGCUCCAGACUUAGUAAAAGCACCUUUGUCAGAGAUCAAGAGGAAUAACAACAUGGAUCUUGAUGGCUCUGAACAAGAUCCUGAAGUGAAGGAAUAUUCUCCUGUCUGUGUUGGCAGAGAAGAUGACAUUAAAAAAUCUAAAAGAAUGACAGCUGUUGUCCAUGAUAGAGAAGUGGUCAUUUUCUACCACAAAGGAGAAUAUCAUGCGAUGGAUAUUCGCUGUUACCACUCAGGAGGGCCUUUACAUUUGGGAGAAAUAGAGGAGUUUGACGGACGACCAUGCAUAGUUUGCCCCUGGCAUAAAUACAAAAUUACUUUGGCAACAGGAGAAGGACUAUACCAGUCUAUAAACCCUAGAGAUCCAUCAGCAAAACCUGAGUGGUGCUCCAAAGGAGUAAAGCAAAGGAUUCAUACAGUGACAGUGGACAAUGGGAACAUUUACGUGACUCUUUCUAAAGAACCUUUUAAGUGUGACUCUGAUUUUUAUGCCACUGGAGACUUCAAAGUAAUUCAGAGUUCUUUCUGAUAAAAUUAUACGGCAAUGAAAAA